CGAGAUACGAGACUGCUGUCACAAUCGGUGCUAAUCGGUGCAGCUGUAGGUUAGGUUCCUAAUUUCUUUAAUAAUAUUGUGUUGUUUUUCAUUCUGCAAAAAUGUUAGACCUUUUCACAAUAUUUAGCAAGGGCGGUAUCGUGCUUUGGUAUUUUCAAAGCACUUCGCAAAUUUUUACUCCCAGUGUUAAUGCACUCAUUCGAAGUGUAAUUUUGCAGGAACGUACCGGAAAUCAUAGUUAUGAACAUGAUUCACUUCGUCUUCAGUAUAAAUUAGAUAACGAAUUUGAGUUGAUAUUCGUUGUUGCAUAUCAAAAAAUACUACAACUUUCAUACGUCGACAAAUUUUUAAACGAUAUUCAUUUGGAAUUCCGAGAUCGUUUCAAGAAUGAACUGCAAAGCUCGCAAUGGUUUUCCGAUUAUACUUUUAAAAAGAGUUAUGAUAAUAUUCUUGUUGCUGCCGAAAACUGGGGAAAGGCGCAGGCGAAACUUCCAAAACAAAUGCGUACUUUUGACGAAAGUUUCAAGUCUAAAAAGACAGUGGCUAGUAUGAUUGAACGCAAAGAUGACAAGGAUAACAAGAAACAAGAGGGAAAAUGCCUUUUUACGCUUGUAGGUAAAAAGAAGAAAGGGACCAAUGGUACUGAUGAUGAUCUGAUAUCAUCUCAAGAAGUUCUUCAAGUAGAGGCACCGAAACCUGUACAAAAUGUAAAUGGCGAUGUGUUCGAAGAUCCGCUUAUGAUGAACCGCAUAAAGCUUGCUCAAAAAUUCUCAGGCCAAAAGAAAAAAGCUGAUAAACAAAAAAGUCCGAAGCCUGAAAAGGCAGGAAAGAAGCCUCGUGUGUGGGAAUUGGGUGGUACAAAUAAGGAUCUCGCGACACUAGAACGCACUAAAGACAAGCCUGAAGAUGAAGGCGAUUACAUUGGGGCUGACACGACGUUAAUAGGAAAAAUGAAAGGCGGAAUUCAAGACCUAGAAGUCGAGAGUGAUUCUGUGGAAGAAUCUGAUGAAGUUGAAGAAAUAGUCGAAGUGAAUAAGUCACCAGUUCAAAAGAAAUCUGGGGGAAUGCUCUCCAUGUUUAAGAGUCUCGUGGGAAACAAAUCGCUGAAACACGAAGAUAUGCUUCCAGUGCUCGACAAACUAAAAGACCAUCUCAUUGCGAAGAACGUCGCUUCCGACAUUGCGACAAAACUAUGUGAUUCUGUUGCUACGAAACUUGAAGGAAAGAUACUCGGCACUUUCGAAAGUGUAGCAAAUACUGUUAAAGCUACUUUAACCGAAGCUCUAGUGCAAAUUCUUUCUCCGAAGAGAAGAGUCGAUAUUUUGCGAGAUGCCUUUGAAGCGAAGAAACAUGGCAGACCGUAUGUCAUGGCAUUUUGUGGAGUAAACGGUGUUGGGAAAUCGACUAACUUAGCUAAGAUUUGUUUCUGGCUGAUUGAAAACAAUUUCCGGGUUCUAAUAGCAGCUUGCGAUACGUUUAGAGCUGGUGCUGUUGAGCAACUGAGAACGCAUAUGCGUCAUCUGAAUGCCUUGCAUCCAGCCGAGAAGCACGACAAUCAAACGAUGGUCCAACUUUAUGAGAAGGGAUAUGGAAAAGACGCAGCUGGCAUUGCCAUGGAAGCAAUUCGUUUCGCUAAAGAAUCUAGGUUUGAUAUUGUUUUAGUAGAUACUGCAGGCAGGAUGCAAGACAACGAACCUCUCAUGCGAGCACUGACUAAAUUGAUCAGGGUCAACGAACCAGACCUUGUCCUCUUUGUGGGAGAGGCGCUCGUUGGAAAUGAAGCAGUGGACCAAUUGGUCAAAUUCAACCAAGCCUUAGCUGAUUACAGCAGUUCCAAUGAUCCUCAUAUUAUCGACGGCAUCGUACUGACUAAAUUUGACACUAUUGAUGAUAAGGUUGGGGCAGCUAUUUCAAUGACAUAUAUCACUGGUCAGCCAAUUGUCUUUGUUGGCACUGGCCAGACCUAUACAGACCUCAAGUCGUUGAAUGCAAAGGCUGUGGUACACGCUUUAAUGAAGUAAAUCAUGUUACCUAAAUGAGAAAUUUAUUUGAACGAUCAUUAAUCGUAGCUAAAAUCUUCGAACAUGUUAUCUAUUCUACGUGGAGGGAAUAAGCGCAUUUGCUUGCAGGGGUAAGAAUAUUUUAUUUGUAUUUUAUAUCGUCACUUUAUUUAUUGUAUAGUUAGAAUUAAUUUUAUAAAAAGUUGGCUAAAUUUGACGAUUGAAUCAAAGUUCACUUGUUACUUUACGUUUUCUUCAGCUUAUCAUUGUGCGUGCUUGUUACUUCGUAUUUUUCUAAGUAUCUGUAUGUGUAUAUUUCCUUAAAAAUAAUCAACUUGAGAGACGUUUCGAAAUUAAUGUCAAAAAUAUUUGAAAAACUGACAUAAAAGAAAACAUUGUUAACAGCUCUUGAUAGGUCGCCUUUCUUAGGAAUUAAUAUACAGUGUACAUUUUAUUAAAAUAAUUCUUAUAACUA